UCUCUAUUUAAUUAUGAGCAAAAUCUUAUUUAAUCAAUUAAUUUUAGUAUUUUUACGUAUGUUGAUCAUUUUGCAAGAGUACAGUUAAAUGGCAAUACUUUCUCUUUUCUUGUUAUGUAGGAGGAUUAUGUCUCAUUUUUGUAGUUAAUUCUUUGAAAUAGAUUGUUUCAUUGUCUCUAUUUGAUUUAUGUGUAACUUUUUUUCAAUUUUUUUUUUAUCAUGGAAUUUUUAGUGUACCUUAACUUGAUGAAAUUUUACUUGCUGAAUUAAGGUCAAAGUUUUAAGAUAAGAAAAUGAUUGCAUGAAAUAUAAGCCAACUAUACAUAUGUGUUAUUUCUCAUUUGUAUUUCAUAAAAUGCCUAAAAUGAUAAGAGAUGAUCAAAGUAUUUGAAGAGGGUAUAUUGUUUCAUAUGAGUCUUAUUUAUGAGCUCAUAAGCUAUAUGGUUUAAACGCCAUGGCUAGUUUAAUAUUAUUGGAGAUUCUUGAUUUUAUGUACUCAUACUUGAGCAAUUUUAUUUCCAUUCAAUUUGCAGUUGUUGCUAUGAACAGCCCACUUGAAGCCCUAUGCACACUACGAUUGAAAAAUAAAAAAUUUGAUCUUAUAUUGACGGAUGUUCACAUGCCUGAAAUGAGUGGCCUUGAGCUCCUCAAACUUGUGGAGGAAGAAUUCAAACUUCCUGUAAUAUUAAUGUCAGCUGAUAAAGACAAAGGAAUAAUGCUGAAAGGUUUGAAUGACGGAGCUGUAUACUACUUUGUGAAGCCUAUUUCUUCAUAUAAUCUUUCAAGACUAUGGCAAUUUGCUAUUCAAUCAUCAACAGAAGAUACUAAUAAACAACUUCCUUCAAAUGGAAUUUCUGCUGUGAAAAUUCACGAUCAACAUGGGAUAAUGCAAGUCAGCAAUAUGAACAACACUGGAAACAACACUAACAAUAUUAUGAACAAUUUUGCACCACUAUUGAAUGAAAGACUCAAGGAAAAUAUAGCAUUUUUUAGCAAAAAUGCAUUGAAGAGACCUAUUAUAGAUGUUUCAGGAAUGAAGACUGAUACUUCUGUCAGCAAAAAACCAAAGCUAGUUUGGACGACUUCACUUCAUAAUCUAUUCUUAGAGGCUGUCAAUAAUAUUGGGAUAGAUAAAGCUGUGCCUAAGAAAAUUUUGGAAUACAUGAAUGUUCCGGGACUGAGAAGAGAAAAUGUCGCAAGUCAUUUGCAGAAAUAUCGUAUAUUUUUGAAGCGGAUUUCAGAAGCAACAAGCUCCAUGCAAGAUGGCGUUCCUAAUUAUUGGAAUGAGAGACCAUUUAGAUCAAGCUUUGUGUUGAAUGAAAUCACUUUCCUUACAAACAAUCUCCAGCAGCAGUAUCAAGAACUACUCCUAGCGCAAUCUCAAGGUAUUGCUAGAAAUUUUGAAAUAGGGCAAAGUAGCACCCAAGUGAUAAAGUCAUGUGGAGAUGAUGCAAAGAAGAACCAAACAGAAGUUGGUAAUGCCAUACAACUCUACCCUAGCCAAGGAGCUCAAACAGCAAACCAAAGUGCCACAAAAUUUGAUCAAUUACCAAGUUUAAAAGGUUGUCAACAAGAAUUUCCUGCUAGAUUGAGCAUUGAGCAACAACAAAAUACUCGAGACGACGGGAAUUUAAGCAAUCUUGGAUUUGUAAACACUCAAUCAACCACCAAUAAUUACGUUGGGCUUCGGAUUAGUACUAAUGGGGAGCUAAUUGGCACUCUAAAGAGCUCAAUAACAAGAAGUUACGAAAAUGGGGGCGAUAAUAAUUUAGCAAAAUGCUUCCAUGAAAGCAAUUAUACUGAGAAGAUUGGUGCUCAAGGGGUCAAUUAUGAGAUGAACAUUGCUUAUAACAAUAUUAAUUCAUUUCAUAGAAAUUCACCUCUUGUUGAUAAUUUCUUUGGGAUAGAUAAUGUGAAUCAUGUUUUCAUACCUAGUUUUGAUCAGAAUGCUAGUCAACAAGAAAAUUCCCUUGGAAUGUCACAAGAUAUUUCAAGCUUGCAUGGCAUAGGUGAUGAAUUAAGGCAACUUGGUAUUGACAUACAUGUUGAUCAGGAAAGUUUUGGCAGUGAUUUUGGUUUCGGAUCUUUUGAUGUGCAAGGAAAUGCUCAAGGAAGCUUGUUUGAAGGAAUUGAUCAGGGAAUUACUGGAAAUGAUGAUAUUUCAUUCGCCUGUUAUUUUGCUCAAGAGUAUGGACAAGAGUUCAACCAGCAGGAUGGCAGGAUUGACUUCAGUAAGCCUAACUGA